AUGUUUUCACAGACUCACAGCUUGCAGGACAUGAGGCAGCAGGCAGCUGUUGCGGCUAAAGUCUUUAUUCAGAGAGAUUAUACUAACGGCACUGUCUGUCAGUUCCAAACCAAGUUCCCGUCUGAGCUGGAGACCAGGAUUGACAAACAGCAGUUUGAGGAGACAGUGCGGACACUCAACAACCUGUAUGCUGAAGCGGAGAAGUUAGGGAGCCAGUCAUAUAUUGAAGGCUGUCUGGCUUGCCUCACAGCAUACACCAUCUUCCUGUGCAUGGAGACCCACUAUGAAAAGGUUUUAAAGAAGAUUGCAAAGUACAUUCAGGAGCAGAAUGACAAGAUCUACGCACCGCGAGGCCUCUUGCUCACUGACCCCAUAGAGAGAGGUCUGCGAGUCAUUGAAAUUGCCAUCUUUGAAGACAGAAGCCUGACUAGAUAAAAACUUCAAAGGAUGUCAGGAUAGCCUCCCGGAGUUGCUGUUUUGAUGUGAACUGCCUCCCACCCUCAUAGAUCUUUUGCUUGAGGAUGCUCCAAAGGUUCGCAAGUUGUAGAGGUCAGGGGAGGAUGGUGGCCACACCAUGACUUUCUCAUCUUUUAUACCCAUAGCAGCCAGUGACACAGAGGUAUUCUUUGCAGCAUGAGAUGGUGCAUUGGAUCAUGGAAUGCUUGGAAAUAUACAAGAUCAACAGGACUCUAAGGACCUUCAUCCAGAACUCAAUGGGAAAGUGACAAACAACCCUAGAGGCCAACUUUAAGAUGAUUUUGUUACGGAAGGCAUGGUUCUUUUUGUACCAUGGAAGAAAGUGGUCAGUCAAAAAUUAUACAUACUGUUCUGAGGUAAUUUUCACAACUUCAGGGACCCUAAAAGGGCCUACCAGCUCUCUGCCCAUGAUUCCUUCAAAUACCUGUUUGCUACUUUGUAAUGGCAUUUUGCAGCUGCUCUCUGAAUACAAUGGAUUUGUCUGGCAGAAACCUUCCUCAGUCUUUUUUCUGCCUAAACCUGUCUGUGCUCUGAAUUAGCCACAAAUUUCUUCACAGUACGAUGAUCACGCCUAAGUUUUUGUGAAAUAUCUAAUGUUUUCAUGUCUUGUUCACGGCAAACCUAAAGAGCCCUGAGGUGCAAUACCAUCCAUGAGUUUACUUUAAAAACUAAACAUUUAAUGUUUUUGACACUUAUAUUCAAUUUGCAUAAUAAUUUGGAAUGCGGUGUAUGCCACACUUGAUGUUGACUUGGGCGAUCAGUUUAAAGUUGGCCUCUAGGGUUGUUUUCCACUUUCCCAUUGAGUUCUGGAUGAAGGUCCUUAGAGUCCUGUUGAUCUUGUAUAUUUCCAAGCAUUCCAUGAUCCAUGUAUGUUGCAUUGAGUCAUAGGCUUUCUUGUAGUCAAUCCAGGCAGUGCAGAGGUUGGUAUGUCUGAUCCUACAGUCUCGGGUAACUGCUUUGUCUACCAGUAGCUGGUGUUUUGCCCCCCUGGUGCUACUACCAUUCCUUUCUGGGUACUACUCAUGUAUUGGUCCAUGUGCCUGCUCAUCUUAGUUGUUGUGAUGCCUGACAGGAGCUUCCAUGUUGUGCAGAGGCAGGUUAUUGGGCGAUAGUUGAAUGGGACUGCUCUCUUGUGUGGGUCCUUCAGGAUCAGGACUGUUCGGCCUUCCGUUCCAUUCAGGGUGAGUUCCAUCCAUUAGUAGCUUGUUCAUUUGUGCCGCCAGGCGCUCAUGGAGAGUGAGGUUAGUUUCUUUAAUCAGUAGGCAUGAAUUACGUCAGGGCCGGGCGCUGUCCAGCUCUUUAUACCUGAGACUUUCUCUUGGAUGUCUUUCAUUAUGAUGGUUACUGGGUCUUGUUCAAGAAGGUUGCUGUGGUCUGCUCUCAAGUCCAUGAGUUAUUUGGCUUUGCUAUUAUGUGAUGCCUCUUUCUCCCAUAUGCCUUUCCAGUAUUUUUCAGUCUCCAACCUUGGUGGGUCUGCUCUUGUGUUCUUACCAUGCCAGUGUGAGUACACCUUGAAUGGCUCAGUGGAGAACAUCUGAUUUCAAGUUCUCUGGUGUAUCUCUUCAGCAGGGUAGCCAAGGCUGUGAGCCUUUGCUUAGCAGUCUCUAAGGCCUCAGGUAUGGUCAUGUUGCCAUACUUCUUAGAUAGUUGUACUUCUUUGUCAUGCCUUUCUGUAGUUCUGAUAGUAACUACAGAACCUCCUUGCAUGUUGUCUUGAUCUUAGCCUCCAACCUCUGUUUCCAUGAGGGAUACUGCACCUUAUGGCUUGUGUUGAUCUGAUAACAAUGCACCUCAAUGUGUGAUGGUCAUAGUUGACAUUGUUUGUAGUGCUGUAUUGACAUCUUCUAGCAGACUUUCAAGGUGCUUCACUUAUUAACCGGCUUCAGGGGCUCCAGGUGUCUGUCUUAGCAAUGAUCUUCAUUCUUAGGUCAGCUGCUCCUGCAUUAAGCUUAAUAGUGGGGCUUGGAACCCAAUCCCCCUCUGAUUGUGGGAAGGAUGAUGAUAUCUCUCUUUCUGACCUGGCAUCCUGGCUCCCCCUUGGUGUAGCAUUUAUGUUGUGAUGUACCUUAUCAAGGCAGCAUGGUGGGUAGCACAGGUUUGCGUGUAUGGUUGUUUGUAUAUGUGUGGCCCUGUGAUGGACUGGCGACCUGCCUCUCGCCCAUAGCCAACUGGGAUAGGCCCACCGUGACUCAGGUGUUUCUUGCGGACUGUGAGCACUGUUUGUUGUUUUGCCGUUAGUUUAGAUUUAUUUAGAUGUUUCGAAGUAUCCGUAGUUCCCACAUUCCCUUCAUGUAGCCCCGCUCACAUGUAGCUCCGCUGUUGUAGUAGCAUUUCAGUAGUUCCCUGUUCUCAUCCUUUGUCCACGGAUGUCUUAUUCUUGUUCCAGUAGCCCAUUUCAACUGUCACAGUUGGAGACACACACAAGAAGGCAGGGAGAUUACUAAUAUGAAUGCUCACACAUCUACAAACUCACAUCUAAUUACUAGCUAAAAUUUUAUUGUACAUGUUAUUGCAUGGAUGGAGAUCCAUCCUUACAGAGGGAGGAGGAAUUGUACAGGCUGAUGGCCACUGGUAGGAAGGAUUUUCGGUGGCAUUCUGUGGACCACCUAAUACUGUUUAGCUUCUGGGUGAAGGUGCUCCUCUGUCCAGCCAGCACACUGUGUAGGAAGUGGGAGGUGUUGUCUAGAAUAGAGAGGAGUUUGGCCAGCAUCCUUCUCUCAGCUACAGCAUGUAGGGAAUCCAGCACCACCCCUAGAACAGAACCAGCACUCCUGAUCAGUUUGUCUAGUCUGUUACUGUUUGCUACAUUCAUGCUGCUGCCCCAGCAGACCACAGUGUAAAACACUACACUGGCCACCACUGACUCUUAGAACAUCUUCAGCAUGAUGCUGAGCCUCCUCAGGAAGUACGCAAUGCUCUGAGCCUUCUUGUACACAGCUUAGUAUUUAUUUUUCCAAUCCAGUUUAUUGUCCAAGUACACUCUCAGGUAUUUGUACUCGGUCACCACCUCCAACUCUUCCUUUUUAAUAGUGAGAGGGGUGACAGCACUCUCAGAUUUCCUGAAGUCUAUCCCCAGCUCCUUAGUCCACUUUUAGUAGCGGUUGAUAUGCAAACUGGAGGGGGUCCACUGAGGGUUUGACGCAGGGAGUCCAGGAUCAGCCAUCAGGAUUAGAGCUACUCUUGAGGACUGAGAUGUGGCAGCUUAUUUACUUGACGCUUGACGUUUCUGGCGGAGUCAAGUAUCAAAGAGGUGUACCUCAAAUACUCAAUAGACUAAUAGACUAAUUUAAGAAAAUCACAUGCAGUAGGUAAAAAGUAAGGAAAAGUACAGAAAAUAUGAUGAUACGAUAAUAAGAUGACAAGACAGAGCGAUCAAAGCGUGUUGCAGCAAGGUUCAUGGCUGCUCAUUUGACUGGCACAGCGCAACAGCAAAAUAACUAAGCCGCUGGCAAAAUGCCUGAGAAAACAAACCAAGCGCCAGCAGGAGAAAGGCUGCGUCCUAAUUUCUUUAGAUCAGCUCGUGGUUUGUGUCCCGGAUAUAGUAGCGGUAACCAAUGCUGUUAAUCCAUCACGUGAAGACUCCACUACAUGUUAAAGUUACUUUGUUACUUAAUCUGUUGUACGGCAAGCGUUAGCUGGCUGCGCAAUCAUCUCGUUCACUACUGUACAUAGUGAUGAACGGUGCCACCACAGAACUUAAACGGUGCAGACACUACAUGUAACAGCAGCAUUAAAUUAUGACACUCGGUUGUCACUGUUGCCUCAGUGUGGCACCGUGUGGAGUUUUCCUUUUCCCCCCGUGUCUUUGUGGGUUUUCUCCCACAGUCAGGUUGACUGGAGCUGCUGCAGAUCACAUUGGAACAAAACUCUAUGCUUGCUUUAUUUAUUUUUACUUUGUAUAAUGAAGUUUCAUUGGGUUCUAGGUUCAAAGCCCCACCAGAGCACCAAGUUUGUCCUCGAGUAAGACACUGUGCAACAAGCUCCCCCCAGGCCUUGCAUGGCAUGCCACUGCUUCCCCAGGGGAUUAAAUGCAGAAGACCAAUUUCAUUUCAUUUUUCAUUGUUUUUCCGAAUAAUAAAAAAAAUCAACAAAUUAAUCGAUCAAAAUAAUCGUUAGUUGCUGCCCUAAUUUGUAGUACAGCUGUGAGGACUGACCUAGUGGCUCAAGGGUCAUUCAAGGAUGUGCCCUUAAGAAAUGCUCAGAACCCUAUCUGUGUGUGUAACUUGUAGAUUUUUAUCUUUAGAUAAAAGCAGCUGCCAAGUGAUGAAAUGUAAUUGUAGCGGCAGACAUGUUACAAUCCAUAGUUAGGUUUAAAGACAAAUGCAGCUGUACAACUUUUAAUUUGCUGCAUGGAAAGUCAUAAUGAAUGGUGCUCACGACUGUGAAAUGUGAGGAAACUCGCAUUACUGCCAUAUCUGCCUUUAGAUCUAAUUGGCAGGACGAUAUCUGUCAGAGGAAGGGCAUGUACAUACUGUAUGUCUCCACCUAUACAUAUAGGUGAAGACAGAGGGUAAGUAUUCCAUAGCACUGGCUUCAGUAUGGCACUGCAAUGGACCCUGGACGUCUGUCCAGCACUAGUACUAGGUCUCACUGAUUGUACCCUUGGUAAAUCACGUUGGAGCUGUCUAAAGUCACAUUCCAUGUUUAAUUGAUGCAGGUUAUUGUAAAGGGUUUAAUGUUUCUGAACUGCUUUCCCAAACAUUAACAGUGUGUCCACUUGUCCAUCUUCUCCCAUAAUUUUAUUACAGAAUUUUAACUUCAAGGUCAAAUUAUACUGUACAUCAUUUCAUCAGAAACUUCUGUCCUUGAUUUAAAAUGAGAUGUUUUCUGGGAAAUGUUUUACAGCAAAUAUGUAUUAUUUCAUUCAUCCAUUUCUAAGAUGUAUCAUGCACAGCCUUCAGCAGUUUUCAUUCCAUGGCACAAAUUUACUAAACUUACUGCCCACAGCAUGCUUUGUUGUUUUAGAAGUAAAAACAAAAUAUGGGGGGACAGCAUGGUUACAGUUGUUAGCAUAUGAUGCUUUGCAGAUCUUCCAGCUUGGCAGAUGCCUCAUUCAUGCAUAGUUUUUGCUUCCUCUUCAGUCUCCAUGACUGUAAAGCCCAAAUCGCUCUCUUUUUUGUACUCUCUUCACAGUGUCGUUCUAGGAUGUGUUGUGCAAAAAUCAUGCUGAAAAGUACUUUGUCUUGAUGCUGGAUAGGCUCUAGUUAGCUCAGCAGUGCUGACUGUACCUUCAGACAGAGGUUAAAUAAACACCAUAAAUAUUUUACAGAGGAAUGUUGUAUUUGGCAACAUAUUUGAGGCCAUACAUCCCAGAGGAAGAGACAACAAUGCCUUCCUACUAUUCAGAUGCACACCGGGAUUCAUCUUUUAUUUUAGGUUCCUGCACAGGGCCUCAAUACUUAUACAUACGUCUUCCUAAGGAAUGUAAACCCAGGAGAGAGAGGUGCAUUGGAGCUUUGGUAAGGUAAACUACAGACAACAUGUACUAUACACAUCAACCCCAGUAUAUUGGCCUCCAAACCCUGCCAGGACUGUUUUCCUAUGUUUCCAUCCAGUCUUGGAUUAAUAAAUCACAGUGUCAGGCUGACAAAAACCUUUUCUUAAAUGUCAUGUUGGCAAGGAAUUCAUGAAACCUUUACUUCUGCCAGUUCUUCAGAUUCAGAGUCCCUGAAAGCCUAUUUACUAUAAUCACAAAAAAUAGUUCAAUUAAAAAAAAUGCUUUGCUAGUACUCAAUAUUAGAUGGAAUCAGACAAAUAUGUUAAUCACAGAGUAAACCCAUGGGACUCAUCAAUACCUUAGAUUUGGUUAAGGUUAAGACACAACAUAGUACAGCACUCCUUUAGAGGCAGAUAGCGUCAAGGUAUAAUGUCCAAAGGACUUUCUCCUCCUGAUAAAGUGUCGUCAAGAUCUGUCAGAACACAAACUUGCAGCCUCAUUAAACUCAGUAAAACUCUGUCUGUAUCGUGACAGUAUUUAGACUUGAGGAAAUCUGAGUAAAUGCGAAUUAGUAUUUAUUAUAAGGUUGGCAUAAAUUCAAAUAUUUUUCAUGGUUACCUUCCAGGUCAAACUAAUGAUGCUUUUUAACAUUAGAAGCUUUUACUUUUAUUAUGUAAAGAGACCCAUUGUUAACAUGUGUGGGUUUAAUAUACAGCAUGUGCCUCACGUUCACCAAUGGCAGAAGUUGAAUCCUUACUGCACUUAUAAACAUACAGUGGCUUGAAAUUCAAAUCUUAACAAACAAAGAAGGAACGCAACAACAAAUAUAAAAAACACUACAACAAAAGGAGAAAACCCAUUUGGGUUUUUCUAUACAACGGAUUUGACUGUCUGCAAGCCUUUGUUUAUUAUUUACUCAGUUGUAUCUUUCUUUUUGCAGCACUUGCUUAGCUGAGCAGAGUAGCCAGCACCAGCGACUAAACCACAGGUGAACUUGUUUCUUUGAAGGUUUGUAUUCCAACAUGUGCUUUAAGUGAUUUUGGCUGAACUGACCAACAAAGCGGUAGCUCUGGUUGCCAGCGUGAUGUUCUCCAUGUGUCAUGUCUGCCUCAUACUGUGUUUACCGUUCUUCUCAUUGCUGUCUUCAACGGCUGCUUGGUGCUUGCAACCUUUUCUGCGUUUUUACUUUAUAAAUAUUUGUUGGAAUGAAAUCUAGCUCCAACAUUCCAGUUAAAUAUCACUGAUGCAGAUAUUAACAUCCCGCUAUCCUGUUUGUAUUGAUUUGUGUUUACCCCUCAUGUUGCAUCUACAAAGCCAAAAUGUGUGAUUACUGAAUUUAGCAAAUGCUAGUCUUCAUACUAAUCUGGUUCAUAGUGUUUGGUGACUACUGUUGAAUUUGAUAUCUAAUACACAUAUAUUCAUAAAUUGUGAGAUAUUAAAAGUAUAUCAGUUGUUAGAUGAUGGUGCCUGUAUUGGCUUUAAUGUUGCUGAUGUACGUCUGGAAGCCUGGUGACCCCAGGUGUCGCUUGAAGGAAUCUGAAUUCUUCCCACUAUAACUCCUGCCUGUGGUUGUUCAUCAUAAAUGUUCAGCAUCAGAACAACAGCCACAUUUUUUUUCUCAAGCUAUUCAUUGACCUGGCAACCAGAGACUGAUCUUCAAUGUUUUGUUUGCUGAAGUUGCCCCAUUCACAUUAAAUGAAUCUGCUGUAUCUGGUUUGACCAGGCCUUAACACGAGGAUUUUCGACUGUCUUCAUCAUUUUUUUUUUUUAAAGUUCAUGAUUCUAUACUGCUUCAAUAGAUGCUGCCUGAGAAAGACGUUCUGUGAAUGUGUUCUGACACAAACCCUUUAAGCAUUUUAAAUACUGUAACAUGACUACAUGCAUAAACAUAGACAUUUGAAUAACAUGUUGUGUAUUUAACAUUCUUGUAAAUAAAGUUCCCCUAUGUUUUGAUUUUGCUCAUACUUCUGCAUACUAGAGUUCCCUUAACUUUAUCUUUUGGUCAUUUGCAAGUGUUUUAUUAAUCUGAAUGGUAUAUGCUCAUGAAUAAACUUUCAUUGGGUUCAUAUUUUA